GGCCUCCUAUCUACCAGUUAACAGAAAAUAUGCACACCUACCAACUCCCCCUUCUUCUCUACUGUGUGUUAUAUAGAAAACAAAAUCAUCAUCCUGAUUUUCCAAAGAAAACACCUAACCCCACUCAGAAAAAAACAUACACAAAUAUAAUAAAAUAAAAAUAAAAACCCAGUUUUUGACAGGAAUUCAAAGUUCCACACUUCCACCUGAAAAUUUUUCUCAGCUUCCAAACACCCACCUUUUUUCUCUUUCGGUCACCGGCAAAACCACAAUGUCGCGGGCCGGAGUUCUCGCAGUUGUCUUCCUCCUUCUCGCUCUGUAUUGUGGAACGGACCCUUUUAAACACAGUGCGAUUUCGGAGUUCCCCGACUUCGAAGCUCAUAGAAUCGAACUUCCAGCUUGGUCCCUUAUUCCUCCGGAUAGGGACCCCGAGAAUUUGCUGCAGAAGUCGGAGAUUAAGUUUCUGAAUCAAGUGCAGGGUCCGGAGAGCGUUGCAUUUGAUCCUCUUGGCCGUGGACCUUACACUGGUGUUGCUGAUGGCAGAGUUCUGUUCUGGGAUGGACAAUCUUGGACUGAUUUCGCCUAUACUUCCCCUAAUAGAUCAGAAAUAUGUGAUCCCAAACCUUCGCCUUUGAGUUACUUGAAGAAUGAGCACAUUUGUGGCAGGCCCUUGGGGCUUCGGUUUGACAAGAAAACUGGUGAUUUAUACAUUGCAGAUGCAUAUUUUGGGCUACUGAAGGUGGGGCCAGAAGGUGGUUUGGCAACUUCACUUACAACUGAAGCAGAAGGUGUACCGUUAAGGUUUACUAAUGAUCUAGACAUUGAUGAAGAAGGGAAUGUCUAUUUUACAGAUAGCAGCACCAAAUACCAGAGAAGGAACUUCAUGCAAUUGGUUUUCUCUGCAGAGGAUAGUGGGAGGCUUCUGAAAUACAAUCCAAACACAAAAGAAACCACAGUUCUUCUGAGAAAUCUUCAAUUUCCAAAUGGUUUGUCCCUAAGCAAGGACGGUUCCUUCUUUGUCUUUUGUGAAGGAUCCAUGGGCAGAUUACGCAAGUAUUGGUUGAAGGGUGAGAAAGCCGGAACUUCUGAGAUAUUUGCUAUUCUCCCUGGAUUUCCUGACAAUGUUAGAACCAAUGAAAAGGGUGAAUUUUGGGUUGCAAUCCACUGUCGCCGCUCCAUGUACACUUAUCUAUGUGCUUUAUACCCAAAAAUAAGGAAAUUUUUACUCAAACUCCCAAUUUCAGCCAAAAUACAAUUCUUGCUUCACAUUGGCGGCAAGCUUCAUGCAGUUGUUGCCAAGUACAGCCCAGAGGGUAAGCUUUUGCAGAUAUUGGAGGACAGUCAGGGGAAGGUUGUGAGAGCUGUCAGUGAAGUGGAGGAGAAAGAUGGGAAACUGUGGAUUGGGAGUGUUUUGAUGCCUUUCAUUGCUGUUUACAAAUUGCCUUGAAGUGUAAGAACCUUGCUGAUGAUGUGCUAUUGACUAUUGUUCUUUGACACUAGAGUUUGCUCCUUUUGUAUGGAUCGAUAUCAUCCCUCCUUCCCAUCCAUUCCCCUUUGUCUUUUCUCUUCUAGGUUCCUCCACUACUUGUUUUUCCUAUGUAAUAAUUUAAUAAUUCUCUCUUUUUUUUGGGUGAGAAGUUUUAGUAUAUUUCUAUUGUUUUGCUGUCACAGAGUGUCUUUUAUAUUAUUUUCUUUGUAAUAUUGGAAACAAUCUUGCUGUUGUGACUAAGAUAUGCAUAAAUAAUACUUACUGGAUAUACAAGUUAAUCCA